AUGCAUAGCUUGUCGACGCUUUUACCAUGGGCCGAGCAGGAGAUAACGACGCUGGAGGAGGAAGUCAAGUUUACGGAGGUCAUGGCAGACCUGGUACAAACACAUGCCAAUACUAUUAGUAUACUGGCAAGAGGGUUUUUAGAGGCUAGGAAGUACAUCACCCCCAAGGACGUGACGCGUUUCCUGGACGAGCAUCUACGAGCGCGCAUAGGCACGAGAUUGAUUGCAGAGCAACACCUCUCGCUGCAUUUCUCCAGUCAACCGCAUUGCGAUGUGAUGCACGAUGUAGACGAGAACCCAGGAUAUAUUGGUGUUAUCGAUACUAGGCUCAGGCCCGCGAGGAUUGUAGAUCAUUGCGCAAACGUGGUGGGCGAAAUCUGCGAGCUGAAAUACGGCGUCCGACCGACCAUUGUCAUCAACGGCGAACCCGACUACGAAUUUGCGCAUAUACCUGUUCACCUCGAAUACAUCAUCACUGAACUGCUCAAGAACGCGUUCCGCGCGACAGUAGAGAGUGGCAUGGAGCGCGAACCCAUCGAAGUGACCAUUGCCCCACUUCCGGAACUCGUACCUGAGGAUAGGAGAAGCGAGAACGUAGAAGACGUUCGCAAUAAGAAGAUUGAAAAUGAGGACCAGGGAAAUGUAGACCAAGUCUCGCAGCGCUUCACAGGCAACAACUCGCCUACAUCGCCUCCACCCGACUCGAACAUCCUCCCCCUCAAGCACAGCACGCCGGGAGUAACAAUAAGAAUCCGCGACCGAGGCGGUGGCAUCUCCCCUGACAACCUCUCGCAUAUCUGGGACUACAGCUUCACGACCUUCAACGACGCGCAAGCAACCUCGACCCUCUCAGGUGGUAAUAACUCAGCCAACGGCAUGGAUGCGCUAAACGCUUUUUCAGGAGCAGGCGGUGAUGGAGUGAACAGUCUGGCUGGGCUGGGCUAUGGAUUGCCGCUGGGGAGGGCCUACGCGGAAUACUUUGGUGGGGGUAUUGCGGUACAAAGUCUCUGGGGAUGGGGUACCGAUGUGUACCUUAGUUUGAGAGGUGUGGGGAGGGUAGACACUGUGCAGGAGGCCAAGGAGAGCGCAAGGAGGAAGCAGAAAUGA